UGUUGGUUAGCACAUAUGGACCGAUUAUUAACAGAAGGAGUCGAUCAAGAUGAGAAGAAGUCAAUCGUGGAAAACAUGAUUAAAUUAGUUGACCUUUAUUAUGCGGCUCUGGAUGGGCACAAGGUAGAUGUUGAUCGCCAUCUGAGAGUAAAAGCAUAUCCACACUUCAUGGAGAAGAAAGGAUUUGAAUCCUACCAUUCUUCAUCUAUUUUGGGCAGAAUCUACGAUGAGACUGAGGAAAUAAUAGCGCAGCAAUGUGACGAACAGAUCCAGAUAACGACACUGGCGUGCUUCAGUGAGGUGGAGUCAACCCCGGAAUGCACCUCCCUAUGGGAACACCGGUACCAGGAGUACUUGACAAAGAGCAGGGGCCUUUUCGAUCUGGGCAAGGAAGAAAAGAACGACGAGUUCCAGAAACUCUACCAACACUACAAACAUGUAAGCCAUCGUAUCUCUCCUGUUUUACCUGACUAACCAGAAAGAAAGAAAGAAAGAAAGAAACAAACAGGCAGAGAAGUAACCCUGGAUGCACGAUGCACGCCGACGAACUGGAGGAGACCUCGCGGGACCUCUCAGACGUGUUCAUGGAGGCCUGCGCGAUCUACAGGAUCGUGUACGAGCGAGCAUGGUGUACCAGGAGCGUCAGCAGGUGCCGUUUCGUGUGGAACGUGGCUGGAGCGGCGCUGUGCCACCUCCACGCGACCAAGUACGCGGCGCAGCGCGGGGAGAAAACCGCGCUCUGCCCGCUCUCAGUUAUCCGCCAGCUUUACAUCUGAUUUUUUUUUUUUUUGGUAAAGCAGCUGAUUUCUGCCUGUAAAAUGAAACGGGUGAGCUGAUGCGUCUUAAGAGAAGUAUAUACUGGGGCUCUCGAUCAACUUAGUCAAGAGCUUCACAGUUGCUUUGAUUUGAUGAGGUUAAUAU